AUGGAAAGUGACGUCGUGGCCCAGUUUACCGAAAUUACCGGCUCCACGCCGGAGCUGGCGACACAGUACCUGCAGCUCGCCGAUUUUAACAUCGAACAGGCCAUGCAGCUCUACUUCGAAAACGGCGGCUUGAGCGAAGAGCCCAGCCAGCCUCCCCGAUCCUCUCGCUUUGAGGAUGAAUCAGGCGUCGUUCAUAUUGAUUCCGACUCCGAUGACGAUAUCGAGAACCAACGACCGGCUGAAUCAACGUUCGAAGAUGAUGCUGCCAUGGCUCGCCGGCUCCAGGAGGAAAUGUACGGAGGUGAGGGCGCAACUGGUGGAGGCGGUCAUGGUGCUGGCUUUGACGACGAUGGUGUACGAGCACCGAUGGCGCGCACGACUGAGACGUUGGUGGGGCCCGGCGCGGAUUACGAUGACGAUGAUGCUAUGCACACCAAUAUUCUGAGCCAACUGCGGGCUCGUCAACGUGGUGGGCGCCCAGGUAUCUUCAACCAGCGCGACACCUCCUCGAUCUGGGCCGGCGACUCGGAUACCCACCAAGAGCAACUCGCGAGAGCGACAGGCGGUGCAUCGGAAAUCUCAUCAAAACAAAAUAUGCUUGCGGAAAUGUACCGGCCCCCGUUUGAGAUCAUGUCUCGGGUCCCCUGGGAUAUCGCGCGUGACGAGGGCAAAGAGAACGAGAAGUGGCUACUGAUCAACAUCCAAGACUCGUCGAUAUUCGAUUGUCAAGUUCUCAACCGAGAUCUCUGGAAAGACAAGAGUGUUCAAGAGACUGUGCGAGAGCAUUUCAUCUUCCUACAAUAUUCUAAGGACGACCCCAAGGCAUCUGCCUAUCUUCAAUAUUACUUCCAGGCGAGCGACGUCUCCGACAACUAUCCCCACAUCGCCAUCGUCGAUCCCCGAACUGGUGAACAGAUGAAGAUCUGGUCUGGGCCACCGGUUGUCAAGACUGCCGACUUUCUAAUGCAACUCCACGAAUUCCUCGACCGCUACAGCUUGAAACACAAUGUGCGAAAUCCUGUUGCCAAGCGCAAGCAAGAAAAGGAGAAGACCGUGGACGCCAUGACCGAGGAGGAGAUGUUGGAGAUGGCCAUGAGGAACAGCCUUGGCGAGGGAGCAACUGCUGGACAAAAGCAAGGAGACCCCGACGAUUUGACUCGCAGCACCGACGACGUCAAAGGCAAGGGCCGGGCAACCGAGGACGACGACGAGGUCAUGAGUGGAACUCAGCCUGAUGAAGAAUCGGAAAAUUCCGUGUUCGCCUCCAUCCCAACCAACCAACCACACACAGAGCCUGCUGCAGACCCGGCAACGACUACCCGCAUUCAAUUUCGUCACCCGUCUGGUCGGGUUAUUCGACGAUUUGCGCUUUCCGAUCCGGUCCAACGUAUCUAUGAAUGGCUCAAGGCCGACCCACCUCUGGAGGACAAGGUCGGUGUGGGGUUUGAGCUGAAUGCCAUGGGACGCAAUUUAAUCGAACAUCUUUCGACGAGCAUCGAGGACGCAGGGCUGAAGAAUGGUACGGUCAUGAUUGGAUAUCUGGAGGAGUAG